CACAAUUUAGUUUUAUUGAAAAUCACUGACGGUCUCAGGCUAGAUAUCUUGUAGGCUUCCUGGAGCGAACGUGCAGAAAAUAGCAAGACAAGAGAUAUACGUUUGUUUAAUGAACAAGACAAUUUGAGGGAGAUUAAAAUUACGAGUAUGGAAAUGAGCAAUCGUUUAGUAGGACGGUCUCAGAGAAUUUACUUACAGACACCGGAAAAUGGCACACUUCUUUUGGGACUACAGGACUUGACUGAUAACAACAACCAUCCAGAUGUGUGCAUUGUACAGGGCCAUGAGGUUUAUAUUUUGGCUGAUGGAGAUGGCCUUACUUCUAGCUGUGAUGAAAGAAAUAAUGUGUGCACCCCAGUUAAUCAACUUGAGGUUCGAGUCAUUGAAGGUGGUAGUGACAACAAGAGUUCUGCACAGGAUGAAGAAUUGACCUCCCUGUCUUGGCUUCAGAACACCAACCUCCUUCAGAGCAUCAACUUAAAAGCUGCAGCUGAGCAGAAGAAAAUUAUUAUGGAAAAAAAGCCUGUUGCCAAAUCGAUUGAACAAGCCCCUCCAACAGAAAGUGAUGAGACAGAAAGCAGUUGGGAUGGUAGUAAUCUCAGCUAUCCGGAUGCGACACCACCUCAACCGUCACCGACCCAAAUAUCGCUUCAUUCGAAUAACGGCGACGAAUCGUCAAGCAAACCGCCUCAUUCGUUCUCCACAUUGAUAUUUUUGGCCAUCGAAUCAUCACCUUCUAAAGCUCUACCUGUUCGGGAUAUCUAUUCGUGGAUAACUCAGCACUUUCCCUAUUACCGGAAUGCUCCUGUCGGAUGGAAAAAUUCUGUACGACACAACCUGUCGCUCAACAAAUGUUUCUACAAAGUCGAAUGUGGUUUGCAGAACCUAAGCAAAGGAUCCUUUUGGAUGGUGGAUCCCCAGCAUCGCCCCCAACUGAUCCAGUCCCUUUGCAAAGUCUCGUACAUUAAAGCAGACCUGAUUCAAGACUUGAUGAAGGAAACUGCUUCACCUGUAAGUUUGGUAGCUACCUUACCAACCAAAACAAAAGAUCUUCCAGUGCCGCAGGAGGGCACUGUUAAACAAACGUACAAAACAAUUUCCCCGCCUUCGUCUUCCUCUAUUCGUUCAAACGCUAACCUACCCGAUCCCAAACUCUUCCCGUUCCUGAGUCGAAGACUAGCGUUUAACACAGUUGAAGAUCCUGACGUGGAAGUGAGCGCUGCCAAAGCCAUGCUCACAUUGGGACAAAGUCAUGUGAUGAAUAACAACCACAACGAAUUGGACUGUGGAGUGACAAAUGAAUCAUCGAGUUGUCAAUCGUCCCCUUCGGAUGACCACACGUACAGUUUUAGCCCUCGGCCAUUGGUCAAACCGUUACCCCGGAAACUCCAUAGUAUCGUAGGACCGUUGAAACGGGAACGAGCGAUGGAACAGAAGCUGGCCGAACACGUUCCAGAUAUGGUGCGUGAACUUGAAAUCAGCAGUAGUGAUCCUAUAUCAUACGAUAGUAGUCAAAGUCCCAGGCCCGUCAAGCUGAAAAAAACAUCAGCAACAAACAAAUCAAAUGUACAUGGCCGCGUUCGCGCCAGAGGCCGGGGUAAAAGCCGAGGCAGGGGCCGCGCUAAAUGUAGAUAAUCAUUACGUAUGUAUUGACCGCACGUUAAUCACUAUUUGGCACUCAGCAAUAUCUACUCCCUAGCCUAGAUAAAAUAGUAAAUGACAAAAGGAAAAACUUUUCGGGAAUUAGUUUCUUUUUCAUGUUGUUUGAUUUGAAUCAACCGGACGCGCCCAAUGCAGAAGUUCUGCCGUCAUGUAAUUAAAAUAAGAUGUCUUAACGUCCUUAUGCAUAUAAGUGCAGAGAGAACUUUUACGUCAUGUUUGUCUGUUUUGAAUGUUUUCUCUUUUGGGCUUAUAGUUGGUUUGCGACUAGUCUUCCUUGUUAUUAAUUGAUGAAAAUGUUCUUUAUAUAUAUGAAUAUACGAUAGAGACAUUUUGGCCAA